AUGGAACAGGGCCCUAUACCUUUAACAGCCCGCGAGGCUGCAUCUGGUCUCUUGGGUUCAGUCUCUAUGACCUGCUGGUUUUUCCUUUUGGUACCUCAAUUAAUUGAAAACUACCGCAAUGGCAACUCAGAAGCUAUCUCUCUCCUCUUUGUCUGUGUUUGGUUUAUUGGCGAUGCCGCAAACCUCGCUGGUGGUCUACUAUCUGGCCUCGUGCCCGUGAUCGUCGCGAUCGCAGUAUACUUCUGUAUCGCAGACGGCGUGCUGAUCGCGCAGUGUCUGUACUAUAAAGUACGCAACUCGCGUCCGGAGCCUUUCCACCGCCGACGCUCCUCCACAGAGACCCCAGACCCGACCACCCCAUUGCUGGGGCGGCGAUUCAGCGACUCCCUCGCGUCUUCCGAGUCGCGGCGCCGGUCAUCGGGCUCACUGCGCCGUUAUCACGCUAGUGGCCGGCGCGAGAGCGAGGUCGAGGAUACCCUGGCCAAGAUCGUCGAGGAGAAUGAUUAUGGCCGUAAGGCGUGGGUUAAGAACUUUGCUAGUGUUGUUGGCAUUUUCCUCAUUGGUAUGGCUGGUUGGACCAUGGCUUGGCAGACGGGGAUGUGGGCGCCGGCGCCAUUGGAGAACAACAAUGGUUCUGAGCAGGCUACUGGGGGGCUGGUGCUGGGGUAUUUCAGUGCCGUGUGCUAUCUGGGAGCGAGAUUGCCUCAGAUUUACAAAAACUACAGUGAGAAGUCGUGCGAAGGAUUGUCGCUCUUGUUCUUUAUUCUCUCUCUUCUCGGAAACUUGACUUAUGGUGCAGGGAUUCUUUUCCAUUCUACAGAGAAAGAAUAUUUCCUCACUAAUCUUCCGUGGUUGAUUGGAUCGCUGGGAACUAUGGUUGAGGAUGCGGUCAUCUUCUUCCAAUUCCGGAUCUACGCUGUCCAGGACCCCCGUCUCUCCGCGAUUUCUUAA